AUGAAAGAACAAAAUAAUAAUUUGGAAAUAAGAAUAAGUGCACUAGAACAAAAAAUAAGAGAUUUGGAACAAAAAAAAUACAAUAACAAAAUUGAACUAACUGGUAUAUCGGGUAUAGAUAGCAUUAAUGAUGAUCAAGUAACUAAAAUACUAGCAUCCAAAUUAGAUAUGGAUGCGAGUUCAGUUAAAAGCAUAAAACAGAUAGCAGGAAGAAAAGGAAAGAAUGGAUUUCUGCUACUAGAACUAAGUGGGAAACAGAGAGUGAGAAAUGGAUUCAAGACGCAAGAAUGA